AUGGCUGAAGAAAAUUUUACAGUUGUUACCGAGUUUAUUCUUUUGGGAUUGACAGAACAUACUGAUCUGAAGGUUGUGCUCUUUGUGUUAUUCCUAGUGAUUUACACAGUUACCUUGGGAGGGAAUCUGGGCAUGAUUCUCUUAAUCCAAAUCACCGCAAAGCUUCACAUACCCAUGUACUUUUUCCUCAACUGCCUUUCACUUGUGGAUGCCUGCUAUUCAUCAGUCAUUGCACCAAAAAUGCUGACCAACUUCUUGGUGGCAAGAGCAACCAUCUCUUUCUCUGGCUGCAUAGUGCAGCAUUUGUUUUUUGGAGUGCUCAUUACCACAGAAGUCUUCUUGCUCUCAGUGAUGGCUUAUGACCGUUAUGUGGCCAUUGUCAACCCUUUGCUUUACAAUUCAGCCAUAUCUAAGAGAAAGUGUGUAGUGCUAGUCAUUGGGUCAUGCAUAGGUGGAAUGAUUAACUCACUGACACACACAGUAAGUUUGGGGAGACUGUCCUUUUGUGGGCCUAAUAUUGUGGGUCAUUUCUUCUGUGAUGCUCCACCAUUGCUAAAAUUAUCUUGUUCUGAUACCUCCGUGAAUGAGUUGUUGCUUUUAAUCUUCUCUGGAGUCAUUGCCAUGGCCACGUUCUUGAUUGUAACUAUUUCCUACAUAUUCAUUGCUGUUGCAAUUUUGAGAAUCCGCUCUGCUUCAGGCAGACAGAAGGCCUUCUCCACCUGUGCCUCUCAUCUGACUCCAGUGACCAUAUUCUAUGGUACAUUAAGUUUUAAUUACAUUCAGCCAAGCUCCCAGUAAUCUGCAGAGCAAGAGAAAGUGGUUUCUGUGUUCUAUACACUAGUGAUUCCCAAGUUAAACCCUAUGAUUUACAGUCUCAGGAAUAAAGAGGUAAAAAAUGCUGCAAAAAUGGCCUUAGAAAUAAAACAUUUUUUUAUGUUAAUUUCAAGUCAUUAG